GGCUCCGGGUUCCCCGCUCCGUGCCCGGCCGAUCAUCUUUCUAGCACCCUCCAGCCUUGGCCUCCAUUCGGGGGUUCUGAGGGCUGCGAUCGGGGCCGACAUGCAUCCCCGCCCGGCAAUGGGGAUCCGGGGGCUUUGGCGAGUGAGGGAUGUGGGGAGUUGGUUCCGGGUCGGGUCUUGGAGGAGGCCGUGGGGGUAGGGCGGGAGCUGCCUCAGUGGAUGCCCCCAGGGACCCUUGCCCUUCCGGGCUGUCCCUCCCUCUGGCCUCUAUCUAGAGGGAGAGACUGUCCCUUGUCCGGCCUGGGUUCCCACAGAGGAAUCACAGACCCACCCUAAACUGUGGCCCCGCCUCCCUUUUCUGUGCCAGCAGGACUUGGAGCUAGGACACCUAGGUCCUGGGUCCCCUGUGAUGGGGAGGGGGGUGUUGCAGCGCAGAUACACUGUAUGGGCUGAGACUCUAGGGUUCCAUUUUCACUUUAUGAAUCUCGAGGUGCAUCUGGCCUUGGGGGACGAUGAUGGAGGCAUGAAGGGACAGCUGCUCCUUUUUGGAUCAGUCAUUGAAUGGAGGUCACACUAAUGGCCCUUCUUUCUGUUUGAGCUGCAUUUGGAAGUGUUGUGGGUACAGCCUGGUAGCCCAAUGCGACCAGACUCAGGGGAAACAUCAGGCCCCUCCAGCUGAGCCCUUGUGUGAGCCCCGCCCCUCCCUAAAUGCCAGACUUAGGAGCUGACAGACAGCCCUGCCUGUGCUGGGUUUAAAAGGUGACAAUGAGAACUUUGUUAUUGCAGGGGCUGCUGCCACUUUGUUCACAUCCUUAACAGACUUCAGCAGAAGGGACUGAGUUAGCUCUCAAGGAAGGCUCCCUGGCAAUAGGGGCUGAAUUAUUUGGGAACGUGGAGCAGGGCGAGGAGUUGGAGAGCAUAGGAAAUAUUCCGGUCCAUGUGAUCUGAGGGAGGUGGCAAGAAGACCUCCACCUGUGUGGGCGUUUUCUUUCCUGACAUCUUUUAUGUGUGCCCUAGGCUUUCUUGGGGGCCUCAGAGCUGGGGAAGAAAGGAGGAAGUCCUGGUCAGCUGAGUGGAAAUAGAAGGAUUUCUGCUGCCAUCAUCUUCCAUGGGCUUCCCAGCUCACACGACCUACAAGUAGGGAGCAGGGAAAAAAGAGUGAGCCUGCAUGCCAAUUCUAAGCUCUUCAGGAUCAAAAAUGGCAGCCUGUGGAGGCACCUGCAAGAACAAAGUGACUGUCUCCAAGCCUGUGUGGGACUUCCUGAGCAAAGAGACCCCAGCCCGGCUGGCCCGGCUUCGGGAGGAGCAUCGUGUGUCCAUCCUCAUAGAUGGCGAGACUUCUGACAUCUAUGUUCUCCAGCUUUCCCCACAGGGCCCUCCCCCGGCCCCUCCCAAUGGGCUCUACCUAGCCCGGAAGGCUCUUAAGGGGCUGCUAAAAGAGGCAGAGAAAGAGCUGAAGAAAGCUCAGAGGCAGGGGGAGCUGAUGGGCUGCCUGGCUCUGGGGGGUGGAGGGGAGCACCCUGAGAUGCACCGCGCAGGCCCACCCCCUCUCCGAGCAGCCCCACUUCUGCCCCCAGGGGCUCGGGGGCUCCCCCCUCCUCCUCCCCCCCUGCCCCCACCUCUUCCUCCUCGCCUUCGGGAGGAGGCAGAAGAGCAGGAGAGCACCUGCCCCAUCUGUCUGGGGGAGAUCCAGAAUGCCAAGACAUUGGAGAAGUGCCGGCAUUCAUUCUGCGAGGGCUGCAUCACCCGGGCUCUGCAGGUGAAAAAGGCCUGCCCCAUGUGCGGCCGCUUCUAUGGGCAGCUGGUGGGCAACCAGCCCCAGAAUGGGCGGAUGCUGGUCUCUAAGGACGCCACCCUCCUACUACCCAGCUAUGAGAAGUAUGGCACCAUUGUCAUCCAGUACGUCUUCCCGCCCGGUGUCCAGGGGGCUGAACACCCAAACCCAGGAGUUCGGUAUCCUGGCACCACACGGGUGGCCUACCUCCCGGACUGCCCUGAGGGCAACAAGGUGCUGACCCUGUUCCGCAAGGCGUUUGACCAGCGUCUCACCUUCACUAUCGGCACGUCCAUGACCACAGGGAGACCGAAUGUCAUCACCUGGAAUGACAUCCACCACAAGACCAGCUGCACAGGGGGACCCCAGCUGUUUGGGUACCCAGACCCUACCUACCUGACCCGGGUGCAAGAGGAGCUGAGAGCGAAGGGUAUCACAGAUGACUGAAGGACAUCGCCUUUGCCAAGGCCCCUGCUGUCCACCUCUACUAGGACCCAGCAGAAGCCUCUUUCUCCUCUCUGCCCCCCGCCCCCCACAACACACCUGUAGGGGACCUGUCUGACUGGGAAGGGCGUUCUGAGAGGGAGGGGGCAAUCCCUUCCCCCAUCCCCCACCGGCCAAGUGUUUCAAUGCAGUGUGAGCCACUCCCUUCUGGCAGAGGCCGACCUCCAAGGCUCUGUUCUCCGCUCCCGGUGUACAUAUACUCCCGGUUUCCCUGCCCCUCCAAUGCCCUUGGCUUUUUCUGGUGUGCUGUGCUCCAUGACCAAGCCGAGAAAGGACCUAGGGUGGGGAAGGGAGGGUCUCUUGAUUCCCAACUGCCCCCACAUACUGCUUCACCGCUGAACUUAGGGUGCUGGAGAGGAGGAAUUGGGCUGAUAUGAGCUCCCCACCACCCCUCAUGGAGCCGGCUGUGUGUGUUCAUCAGAUACAGUUCUCCCUUAACCUUGUCCUUUCUUUCCUGUGUCCCAGUCUCCGUCAGUCUGUCUUUCUCCGCUCUUCUCUGACCCCUGUGAGGAACCUCCUUACCCUGUUCUGGAAUCGCUGCCAGACUGUAGCUUUUAAUUUAAUAAAAAUAAAGUAAAAUAUGCAACUCUU